UUCUUAUUCUUCUUAUUCUUCUUCUUCUUCUCUCCCACUUUUUUAAAAAGAACAUUUAUUGAUCUUGUUUUGUUGCUGUCUGGAAAAAAAAGGAAUGAAGGUGUACGAGGAGAGUGGUUGCUUUGAUCCCCACUCCAUCACAGAUUGUCAGGACCUGAUGGGUUUGCCGGCUGCCACCAACUGUCAUAACAGUUCCGAAGACAACCUCAAUCUCUCUUCUUACAACCACCACCAUCACGAGGAUGUCUCCGCCACCAUGGAUAUGGAAACCCACCAACACUAUCUGCUUGAUAAUACUACCACCUACAACACCAAUGCUCAUUUGAUUCCUUAUCUAACCCAGGAGCUUUCUUACGAUCAGUCCAAUUGGGAAACUUUCAAUAUGGUCCAUUCUUCUUCUGCUGCUGCUGAAUCCGCCGCCGCCGCUAGUGGCGGCGGUGGUUAUACUCCUACACCUGACCUUCUCAGCCUUUUCCAUUUACCCAGAUGUUCUUUCCUCCCUAAUUCCUCCAUUUCCUUUGAAACAGCACCUGGCUCCCCCCCUGUUGUAUACGACCCGCUUUUCCAUCUCAACCUGCCCCCUCAGCCGGCUGUUUUCAGGGAGUUGCUGCAAUCUCUGCCGCAUGACUACACCGUACCGGCUGACGACAAAGAUGCAGCUGGGGUUGGUGGUCUUUAUCACGAUGGGGACAAUGGCAUAAUUGAGUUCACCAGGGACAUCUCCAGGGCUGGUCGUACCAAAAACAGAGAUAAAGCUGGCAAAACAACCAAACACUUUGCAACCGAAAGAGAGAGGAGAGUCCAUCUAAAUGACAAGUACCAGGCUUUGAGGACAAUGGUCCCUAGCCCCACAAAGAAUGAUAGAGCAUCCAUAGUUGGAGAUGCUAUAGACUACAUCAAAGAACUUAUUAGAACGGUUCAUGAGCUUAAAAUACUGGUGGACAAGAAGCGAUGCGGCCAAGAUAGGAGCAAGAGGCUUAAGGUUGAAGAUGCUGCUAGUGCUGCUGAUGCAGGUGAUGUUGAUUGCAAGCCUCUAGGUGAUCCAGACCGAUGCUACAACACUUCUUUGAGGAGUUCUUGGCUUCAAAGGAAGUCGAAGGAUUCCGAGGUUGAUGUACGCAUCAUCGACGACGAAGUUACCAUCAAACUUGUUCAGAGGAAGAAGAUCAAUUGCUUGCUGUUCGUGUCCAGACUCCUUGAUGAACUUCAGUUGGAUCUCCACCAUGUUGCCGGUGGAAACAUUGGUGACUAUUACAGCUUUCUUUUCAACACCAAGAUAUACGAAGGCUCGUCUGUUUAUGCUAGUGCCAUAGCUAACAAGCUCAUCGAUGUCGUGGAUAGACAGUAUGCAGCCGCUCCACCAACCAGUAACAAUUCACUGUAGUUUGCCAAUGAUGGAAAGGGUUCAUCUUUUAUGUUUCUCU